GAUGCACAAAGCUCAGGAUUGAGAUCGAUUCAACACCUCACCUCCCUUCUUAGCCCCUGUUUCUCCCCUUAGCUUUCAAAGAAGACUCUUUUCUUUUUCCGUUUUCCAUCACUUUCUCGAGAAAAUGUUCAUUGAACGCUUUCAGGUCGAUAGCCCAAACGUUACGUACACAGAGAGUGAGAUUCAUUCUGUGUACAACUAUGAGACUACUGAGCUUGUCCAUGAGAAUAGAAAGGGAACCUAUCAGUGGAUUGUGAAACCCAAAACUGUCAAAUACGAAUUCAAGACCGAAACCCAUGUCCCUAAACUUGGGGUUAUGCUUGUGGGAUGGGGUGGAAACAAUGGCUCAAGUCUCACUGGAGGUGUCAUUGCUAACCGAGAAGGUAUCUCCUGGGCAACCAAGGACAAAGUGCAACAAGCCAACUACUUUGGCUCACUGACCCAAGCAUCGUCCAUUCGUGUUGGGUCUUUCAAUGGAGAAGAAAUUUAUGCUCCAUUUAAGAGCUUACUUCCCAUGGUGAACCCAGAUGACAUUGUUUUUGGGGGAUGGGACAUAAGCGACAUGAACCUAGCAGACUCCAUGGCAAGAGCCAAAGUUCUAGACAUUGACCUGCAAAAGCAGCUAAGGCCCUACAUGGAGUCAAUGGUCCCACUUCCUGGUAUCUAUGACCCUGAUUUUAUUGCUGCUAAUCAAGGGUCACGUGCCAACAACGUUAUCAAGGGGACCAAGAAGGAACAGGUGCAACAGGUCAUCAAGGAUAUUAGAGAAUUCAAGGAGAAAAACAAGGUUGAUAAAGUAGUUGUGCUUUGGACAGCAAACACAGAAAGGUACAGCAAUGUAAUUGGUGGCCUAAACGACACUAUAGAGAACCUUUUGGCUUCAGUGGACAAGAAUGAAGCUGAGAUUUCUCCAUCCACCUUGUAUGCCAUAGCCUGUAUCUUUGAAAAUGUUCCUUUCAUUAAUGGAAGCCCACAAAACACUUUUGUCCCAGGGCUGAUUGAUUUGGCUAUUAAGAACAACACUUUGAUUGGUGGGGAUGACUUCAAGAGUGGUCAAACCAAGAUGAAAUCUGUGCUGGUCGAUUUCCUCGUUGGGGCUGGUAUCAAGCCAACCUCCAUAGUGAGCUACAACCAUUUGGGAAACAAUGACGGUAUGAACCUCUCGGCCCCACAAACUUUCCGUUCUAAAGAGAUUUCAAAGAGCAACGUUGUGGAUGACAUGGUUGCCAGCAAUGGUAUCCUUUACGAGCCAGGCGAGCAUCCUGACCAUGUAGUGGUCAUUAAGUAUGUGCCAUAUGUGGGGGACAGCAAGCGUGCUAUGGACGAAUAUACUUCUGAGAUAUUCAUGGGAGGGACAAACACUAUUGUGCUCCACAACACAUGUGAGGACUCCCUUUUGGCUGCUCCCAUCAUUCUGGACUUGGUUCUCCUUGCUGAGCUCAGCACCCGUAUACAGUUAAAAGCUGAAGGGGAGAGCAAGUUUCACUCAUUCCACCCUGUUGCUACAAUUCUGAGUUACCUCACCAAGGCUCCUCUUGUCCCACCGGGCACCCCAGUUGUGAAUGCACUGUCAAAGCAGAGGGCAAUGCUGGAGAACAUAAUGAGGGCUUGUGUUGGAUUGGCUCCAGAGAACAACAUGAUUUUGGAAUACAAGUGAAUUUGGUAGGAGGAGAGUUAGCUUUGAUUCAUAAUAAGUUGUAGAAAAACUAAAAAUUAUCCUCUUUUUGUGAAUCUUGUAUGUGAAAGUUGUGGUUUUCUGUCUUUCAAAUCAGCCUAUAUGUAAGUUUUAGCACUGUUGCAAUAGCUCAUUCAGAAGCAAAAUGCAACUAUUUUGCGUUGGAAGUAGAAAUAAGCUUAUAUAUAUAUAAAGUGAUGUGUUGGUUACAA